AUGGGGGCGAUGUCUGUUAUUCCCAGGAGGCAUGAACGCAGGCUGUUUCACUGUUGUUUCAUCUCGUUACCUCUUGUAUUUAGUCUCUGUGUUGUCUUUGUCUUGUGUCAGAUCAUUGAACUGUUUAGGCUGCUCUCAGAGACAAAAUGGCUUCCAUGGCAGAGGAGGAUUUCUGCUGUUCAGUCUGUUGUGAAGUCUUUAGAGAUCCUGUUAUUCUGUCGCCACAGCUUCUGUAAAGACCUGGUGGAGAAACAGGCACAGGAGUGUCCUGUUUGUAGGAAAAGAUCAGACAGGCCAGAACCACCUCGUAACCUGGACUUAAAGAAGCUGUGUGAGAGGUUCGUACAGCAGAGAGAUCAGAGAGCUUCAGAGGCUCUCAGAUUCAGACCCAUCGAUGAAGCUGCACGACAACACAAGAAGGAAAUUCAGGAAGCUCUGGAGCCCUUAAAGGAGAAGUUAAAGGUUUUUGAACGAGUUAAAGUGAAGUUUGAUGAAACGGCAAAACACCUGAAGGUCCAGGCCCGACGCACAGAGACGCAGAUUAAGGAUCAGUUUAAGAAGCUUCACCGGUUUCUAGAAGAGGAAGAGGAGGCCAGGAUGGCUGCACUGAGGGAGGAAGAGGAGCAGAAGAGUCAGAGGAUGAAGGAGAAGAUGGAGGCUCUGAGCAGAGAGAAACUCAUCCUGUCUGAAGAUCUGACCAGUGGGAGACUAGGAGAGGAACAGCAGCUUCCUGAUAAUCCAGAGAGGAUUGAUUAUCACUGGUCUGUCCUGGGCUCUGAGGGCUUUAACUCACAGCUGGGAUGUCGAGCGACCAUGGUGGGCGAACGCCGCAAUGGGAACCUGCUGGUCCAGCUGGGCCCGCGUCUGCAGGCCUAUCCCGAGGAGCUGAUCCGCCAGCGCCGUAACCACGACAACCAGACCACCGAGUACCUGAUCCGCUGGUGCCUGGUAACCCUGGACGACGGCUCGGGCUCCGGGGGAGGGGCCAGCGAUGGAGGGGGCGGGGCCAGCGGGGGGGGUGGUGGAUCCGGGUCGGACGGCUCGGCGGCUCGGCGUGCGGCGAGACGAAGCCGGAGAACAUCCUGA